AUGGCCGUGAGCGCAUCUCUUCCUCAUCUCCCUCCGCCGCCACACCCUGCCGGCAUAUUCGCUGACUCUCCCAUCUGCUGCCUCGCAGGUCGUCGAGCUCAAGGUCGGCGUCCACUGCCAGGAUUGCGCCAAGGCGAUCAAGAAGGCCAUCAAGAAGCUCGAGGGUGCUCCGCCAUCCCCCCUCCUCUCUCUCUCUCGCUAUGUAUCUAUCUCUCUCCGCCGUCAGUGGGCUGAUCCUAGGGUUGCGUAGAGAUAGAGACCUACAAAGUGGAGAGGGAGCUGAACAAGGUGACGGUGACGGGGAACGUGACGGUGGAGGAGGUCGCCCGGGCCCUGCGGAGGAUCGGGAAGCAUGCGUCAGACUGGAACGCCGAGAACUAA